CAAUUUCUUGAAAUCCUAUAAAUACAUCUAUUACGUACACGCGGUCCCAUUGUAUUUUAUUUGUACUACGUCUUGCUUAUCAACGAGAUAAACUCGCAUUCACACGCGCACAUACUUGCUAAUACUAGGCAGAAAUUACAUAUGCUACUUAUACAACCUUGACGCUUAUUAAAAUGUACCCACGGUACGUGUCCGCAGAGCCCUUGAGUCAAAACAACCCGCUCGUGGUCCCUGUCGCUCUGCACUCGCAGUCGCCUCCUGGUGUUAAGAGCCCUGCGCCUACUAUGCUGACAUCUAUGGAGCCUUGGGCGGCUGCUAGCUCUCGCCAUAACAUCCCUUCGGUUCCAGCUGCGUGUCUUGUUUGUCGCAGAAGGCACCUGAAAUGCGAUGGACAACGUCCUUGUUCCCGCUGCGGAACUGCUAAUCUAGACUGCGUCUAUGUCGCUUCUCGUCGUGGACUUAAUGGCCGUAAACGCACGGCUACCCGAUACUCUAGUCACCUUGCAACAGCAGAAGAUCCUAGCCCUAUUGCUGCCCUUGCAGCCAUUACAAUCGGUCCUGCUCCCCCGGUACCCGCACCGGAAGCCCCCUCUACCUUUGAUCCCUCCAUAUUCUCAGGUAUUGACACAAGUUAUUCGGGCGUCAACACAAGUUUCCCAGUUUCCACGUUUCCUCCAACUACUGCGUCAACUGGGUUACCUGCCUUUUCUUUUCAGAGUCCGUUUGGUGGUAUAGAACCAGACCUGGGCUUUGGCAUUGAAGUACCCCGGGCACUUCCCCUGAGAGAACCUUAUCUCGACUCGUUCUAUCGGAAUUUCUACGCUGCUCAUCCUUUUCUACCGCCAAAGGAGCCUCUUCUUGUCUUGGCACAGGGGACCUCGCUGGAGCCACUGCUUGCAGCCAUACGCUGGAUUGGUUCUCUAUAUAUCGACCAAGACACCUCUCACAGGCUUUUCAUGGACGCAUCUCGCCUAAUAGAUGGCAACCCUCUUAAAAAUGGCUUCUUAGUGCAGGCUAUCUUGCUUCUCAUCAUUGGACUUGACGGCAACCGUCAGCAUAAAAGAGCCAAGAAGCUCAUGGCAGAAGCCCAGGAUAUCUCGAUUCAAAUUAAAAUAAACACUAAUCUAUUUGCAAUCACCAAUGGACAAGGAAUUCCGAUACUUGAGGAGAGCUGGCGGAGGACAUGGUGGGAGCUCUACGUCGUGGAUGCCCUCAUGUCGGGGGUGCAUCAAACAGACACCUUUGCUCUGUAUGAUGUCCCCACGGAUGUUGCUCUGCCUUGUGAAGAGUACCAGUAUCUCACAGGACAAAUACCUCCUCCUAUGCACCCAUACAACAUGGAAAAUAUCGGACUGUUCGAUGGCAGGCCGUUUUCAUCGUACACCUAUCGAAUCCAAUGUGCCUGCUUCUUGGGAACACUCCAAAGAAUGCCAACACUGGUCGCCCACAUCGACAAGCUCCUCGCUAACUGGAUGCUUCGCUUGCCACCUUCAAAGUAUGACGCUUAUUGCAAUGGCGAGCUAGAUGAGAUGAUGUUCCAGGCUAUCAUGAUGUGGCACGCCAUAUCGAUUCUCUUACACCAGCCUCACUCACAACUGGAUCCAUCUUCGACUUACUAUAUUAAGGCCUGUGCACCCAACACGCCAGCUAUGUCCAGUGAUGCCUUCAAUUCACAUACAAAACGCACGAUCCGGGCUGCAAGGGAACUCACCAAGUUGAUCAGCUACCGCGUUCCUCUCCUCAGACACACUCAUUUCUUCGCUUACAUGGUGACACUCUCAUCUACAAUCCACCUCAGUAGAUGGUCACUAGCCUUUGUGGCCCCAAAUGACGAGGAUCUCCGUCAAAACAUGCGUCAAAAUAUUGCGGCCCUCGUAAAAUACUCUGAGAUGUGGCCUAUGGCGCAACACUUGGGAUAUCAAGUAAAGCACAUCGCAAAGGAGGUAUACAGGACGAAGCAGCGACAGCAACAACAGCCUCUAGAAUAGGUGGGCUUACCGCCAUAGGAACAAAUGGCCGCUAGUAUUGGCGUUCAGAUGCGAAAAUACAUCACAUUAAUUGACCUCGUUCUAUGGGAGCGAUAAAUAAGUCGCGGCUUUUGGUUUUGAACGAUACAAUCGUGUGCCAGAUGUCGUCCAUGAAUUCAGUAUCAACCUCUAUUGCCGAGUUAAAUCAAUGAAGAUAAGAACUAAGUCUCAUUAGUCAUGGGGAGGAUAGUUGCAGACUAUACACACCGAAUACAACUAAACUAGGAUAAAACUAAAAUUAAAUGGAUUUGUGUAAAUAAGUCCUUAUUAGUAGAGAAGUCACC